CUCAACCCGACCAAUUUUAUUCGCAAAAACCUACAACUACACUCAACUGAACCAUGCCCAAACCAUGGUACCGCACCCGUCCAACAACAUGGCAUCUCGAAAUAGACCACUUCAUCAACCCGUUUAUUCCAGCCUCCUUUUUAGCGCAUUUCCCGACGCCCAUCUCUCACUUUUUGGGAUAUCGAAGCCCAGCAUCACAACGGACGAAGAAGCCGGCGCUGGGGAACUUGGCAAUUAUUCUGUUUGCGUUUGUGGGCGUGUUUGUGACGAUUACGAUUAUUGGGGCGGUGGGGGAGCAUUAUGAGGGGUUUCGUGGGAGGGGGGUGCCGGUUGUUGUGGGGAGUUUUGGCGCAGCAGCAGUCCUCGACUUCUACGCCAUCGAAUCCCCCCUCUCCCAGCCCCGCAAUGCCAUCGGCGGCCAACUUCUCUCCUCCAUCGUCGGCAUCUCCAUCGCCAAACUCUUUGCCCUCUCCCCGCACUUUGAAUCCAUCCGCUGGGUGGGGGCCUCGCUCGCCUGCGCCUGUGCCACGGCCGUCAUGGCGCUCACGGGAACGGUACACCCGCCCGCGGGCGCGACGGCCCUCAUGGCGGUUUUGGACGACCAGGUGCAGGCGCUGGGCUGGUUCUUGAUUGCGCCCGUGAUGCUGGGGUGUGCCAUCAUGAUGUGCUGUGCGCUGGUGGUAAAUAAUUUGCAGAGGAGGUUUCCGAUUUAUUGGUGGAGUCCGGAACCUACAGGGGAGUUUUGGGCGGGCAAGGGGAAGAAGGGGGAAGAAAAAGAGGUGGCUGGCUUGGAGAAGGGGGCAAGUGGUGGUGGUAAAGAAAGUGAAGAGACGAGGACGGGGUCAAGUUCGGAGUCGCGACUGGGGAGAGGAGCGAGGAGUGAUGAGACGUUGCGAGAUGUGGAUAUUGAAGCGCAGAGUUGCGGGGCAGUGUCCGAGUCGGGGGAUGAUGAUGAUGGUGAGAGAGGACUGAGGGUGGUGAUUUCGAGGGGCGGGGUGGAGAUUCCCGAGGGUCUGAGUUUGAGGCCGGAGGAGGUGACGUUCUUGGAGACGAUAUGUAAACGGUUAUGAGGGAGAGCAGGCGUGUUUGAGCGUUCUUCGAGUUAGCUUCCUAGAGAUACCAUUGUUUUCCAGCCCGUUUUGGUGAAUAAACC